UCCGGGUUUUGCUGCUGGAUUCACGUUGCUGGAUCUGAACCCACGUGUGUUUAUAAGAGGGAAGAAUGAAUAAGGACACCGGCGAAGAAGGCCUGGUUCCAGACAAGACGAAGAAGAAGAAAAAGAAAAUGAAAAAAGAACUUAAAGAGAACGCGGACAUUCCACCUAAGAAAAAGAAGACUAAGAGUAAAUCAGAAGACACGGAAAGAACUAGCAUGAGUGAAGGACGUGUCGUGGAAUCACUGGAUGUAGAAGUUCCUGGAAAGAAGGUCAAGAAAAAGAAGACGAAAAAAGAAGUGAAAGAAGACGAUGUAGCUCCUUCAAAGAAGAAUAAGGUUGAUGACGAAGGUGUGGAAACCAGGGACGCCAACGUUCCUGAAGUCCAGACGAAGAAGAAGCUAAAAAAGCAGGUCAAUGUAGAAGAAUCAGAGGAAACCAUGGACCACAGACAAGGAGAUAAGAAGAAAAAGAAGAAGAAACAAGAAGUAAUAGGGGAAGAGGAAGCUGCUGUAGAUGUGGACGUUGAUAAGAACUUCCAGAAGAAGGGAAAAAAGAAGAAACGAGAAGUAAUAGAGGAAGAUGAAGCGGCUGUAGAUGUGGACGUUGAUUUGCAGAAGAAGGUCAAAAAGAAGAAAAAGAAUGCAAAAGACUCUACAGCUAAAGGUUGUGAAGGAGUCAGGACGUCAAAAAAGAAAGAAAAGCCUCGUGCCGAGGUGGAAGAAGAAGCAGACGAGGGAACGGACGUCGUCCAAGAAGAACCGAAGAAAAAAACAAAGAAACCCAAGAGCCUUCACGAGGACUCAAGAAAAGGAAAGAACCCUGAGAGGGACGACGUGGACGAGACGCCAGGACCGGAGCUCAACGGCGAGUCCGGGGUCAGAAAGAAGAAACGACGACUGACCGAAGGAGACGACAGACCUCGGGACGGAGAGGAACCGAAGAUCAAGAGAAAGAAGAAAAAAGAGCGAAAGGUGAAGGAGGAGCGUGGAGAUCCUGGGAACGGGGACGAGGACAAGGAGGACGAAACGAAAGUGGGAGGCGGUGAGGAGAUCCAGGAGGAGGAAAGAGUGGACGUGGAGAAAGGGGACAACAAUGGAAACUUCGGCCAGUGGGACACGGCGCACUUCGACAGCUCCGAGCGCCAGGCCAAGUUCCUGCGCCUGAUGGGCGGCUCCAAGAGGGGCGCGGAGCCGGCGAGAGGGAGCGGCGGGCGCGGCGGGCGCUUCAACAUGGCCCUGGGGAGGGAGGGCCAGCAGCACAUGCAGCGCGCCCUGCUGGGGGAGUUCGAGCGCGCCCAGGGCCGGCGCGCGGACUUCCAGAACAGGGGGGCGGGGCUGGGGUUCGCCGCGCCGACGUCCGGGAGGAGGUCCGCCAUCGACGCGGGGGCGCGGAACUCGGUGCGGUUCGACGACUGACCGUCCGAGGUGCGCCGCCCUGCUGGUGGAGGACUGAACGGUCAGGGGUUGGCAUUUAUGAACAGUGACGAUACACCGUAUGGUCAAAAGUAUGUGGACGCCUGUGGUAUUAACAAGCUCAGGAGUAGCGGGUGUAAAAUAAACCGAAUGCUUUCAGUCUGGGUCAAGAUGUUAGGGAAGGGCCUUUCCUGUUCCAGGACAAUGGUGUAGAGCCGUGUAUCAGCUUUGGGAUGAAUUGGAAUGCCAACUGCGAGCUCACAAGGCCGGACGGGUGCCCACAAUUUUGGGACGGGGCGAGCACUCGGGCGUCCCGAUGCUUUUGUCCAUAUAGGGUAUGACUAAGGAGCAGUUGUGUCCCAAACACCUUUCCUGAUAGAACCUACAGAGGAUACGUGUGGAUCGGGACACAGCCCUCAGUGUACAGUACUGCUUAUUUUUUGUUUUUUGACGUAUCCAAUUCCCACCACUGCUGCAGACCCUGAAUCUAGUCACAGAGGGACGUACCAGCCAGGGUUCGAGGUCUGCAGCAGUGCUGAGGCCGGGAUUUAAGAAUAAAUAAGUGAAUAAAAUAUGUAAAUGUGGAUAAAUCAUUAAAAAUAAAAUAUCAAUAAAUAAAGAAAACAAUCAGCA